AUGGAUGCUGGGAGUGCUGAACGUUCGCAAAAUUCUAUAAGGGAUAAGUACAGAGACCUUUUGUCUCAGAGGUUGAAUGAGUCUGUAAAGAGAACUGAAGACGAUGAUAGUGAUGACGAGUCAUAUGAACCUAAUAAUAGUGAAGGUUACGAAUUUGAAUCGGAGGAUGACGAGGAUUAUUCGAUGGUUGAAGACCCAGAUAAGAGUUUCAUACAAGACAACGGGGAUUACGAAGAUACUGGACUCUAUAGCACCGAAGAGGAUGACGCCUAUUAUUAUGAUGAUGAUGAUGAAGAAGAAGAAGAAGAAGAAUAUCGUCAACCAUGGUUUAAAUCGUGGGGUUCAUGGUUAUUAAUAUUUUUAUUCUUUUCAUUACUCUUCAAACAAUGGGGUUGGAAUACAGAGACUGGUUCCUUACAGUCAGUGGGGUCUAUGAAAAGUAUCCAAAGACAAAUAAAUCAUCUUUAUAAUGAAUUGAACUCAAGAGAUUUGAAACAGAAAAAUGAGUUAGAUAAUAAAUUAAAGAUUGUAAUUUCUCAAUUUGAGAAAAAUAUUAAAAAGCUGUUACCUUCGAAUGUAUUAAACUAUCAAUCAGAAAUUGAUAAAUUGAAUAAGAAAGUGAAUUCAUUAUCUCAACAAGAAGUCACACUGGAAAAUGUCACUGAAUGGCAAAAGGAAUUAAUAAACCAAUUGAAGGAAAAUUUACCUAACGAAAUACCAGUAAUGGUAAAUAAUUCAUCUUCUGUACUGGUAAUUCCUGAAUUACACACAUAUCUGUCGGAAAUUAUCUCCAAUCUAGUCCAAAAUAACGUUCCUCCUAAGAUGUUGGAAUACGAUUUGAAUAAUUAUAUAAGAGAGAUUCUAACUAAUGAGUUCCAAUACGUAGAAAAAAAUUACUUCAUAAAUGAAUUGGAACACAAAUUGCAAAGAAAUAAACUAGAAAUUUGGAAUGAAAUUCAAAAUAAUUUAGAAACAUGGAAAAAUGAUCAAAACUCAUAUAAAGAAUCAUCAUCACCACAGUAUUCUACAAUAUUUCUCAAGAGAUUAAUUAACGAAAUUUAUAACGUCAAUCAACAUCAGUGGGAUGAUGACUUAGACUUUGCUACGUGGUCCCAAGGUACUAAAUUGAUCAAACAUUUAACUUCUCCUGUUUAUUCCAAAGGGAACAGAUUGCCUUCGACGGAGUUGCUAUCGGAUUCCAAAUACAUCUCUUCGUCAACAUACUGGCAAUGCCCCAACGACAAAUGCAGUUUGGCACUUAGAUUCAGUAAACCGUUACAUUUGACCAAAAUCUCGUACCUUCAUGGCCGUUUCAAAAAUAACUUACACAUGAUGAGUUCAGCACCAAAAUUAAUUUCGAUGUAUAUCAAACUAGCCAACCAAAAUGGUAGCAAGAAAUUGAUUCAUAUAGCCAAAAAAUUUGAUAUGGGUCAAGUUUAUCGUAAAGAUAGUACAUAUAUUAGAGUGGCGACAUACCGUUACAAUUUAGCCAAUGAUAAAAUUAAACAAGAUUUUGCUUUACCAAAAUGGUUCAUCGAAUUUAAACCUUUAAUCAAAUCAGUGCUUUUCCAGGUCGAGGAAAACCACGGCAACAAAGAUUAUGUUUCCUUAAGAAAGUUCAUUAUCAAUGGUGUACUAGAAGAGGAUUUACAAAUUUUGAGAAACGAUCAACUUGAACUAAGAUUUAACCGUAACACGCCAGAAUACUCGGCUCAAUCUGAAGAAGAUUUAUUGACUCAUCAACAGCCGAAGCUAAUUACUAACAGCCACAUACCAUCCUUCGGGCAAGACGAAUUGGAUAUUGCAUGA